GAUCCCCCCUCCUCUCUCUGCCCCCCGGGGCGCGCCCCGCUCGCGACGAUGAGGGCGCGGCCGCAGGUCUGCCAGGCGCUGCUCUUCGCCCUGGCGCUCCACACCGGCGUGUGCUAUGGCAUCAAGUGGCUGGCGCUAUCCAAGACUCCGGCAGCCCUGGCCCUGAACCAGACGCAGCACUGCAAGCAGCUGGAGGGCCUGGUGUCGGCGCAGGUGCAGCUCUGCCGCAGCAACCUGGAGCUCAUGCGCACCGUCGUGCAUGCCGCCCGCGAGGCCACCAAGGCCUGCCGCAGGGCCUUCGCUGACAUGCGCUGGAACUGCUCCUCCAUUGAGCUCGCCCCCAACUACCUGCUUGACCUGGAGAGAGGGACCCGGGAGUCAGCCUUCGUGUAUGCCCUGUCCGCAGCGGCCAUCAGCCACGCCAUCGCCCGGGCCUGCACCUCUGGCGACCUGCCCGGCUGCUCCUGCGGCCCUGUCCCAGGUGAGCCACCCGGGCCCGGGAACCGCUGGGGAGGAUGUGCGGACAACCUCAGCUACGGGCUCCUCAUGGGAGCCAAGUUUUCCGAUGCUCCUAUGAAGGUGAAAAAAACAGGAUCCCAAGCCAAUAAACUGAUGCGUCUACACAACAGUGAAGUGGGGAGACAGGCUCUGCGUGCCUCCCUGGAGACGAAGUGUAAGUGCCAUGGGGUCUCUGGCUCCUGCUCAAUACGUACCUGCUGGAAGGGGCUGCAGGAGCUGCGAGACGUGGCCGCCGACCUCAAGACACGCUACCUGUCAGCCACCAAGGUCGUGCACAGACCCAUGGGCACACGCAAGCACCUGGUGCCCAAGGACCUGGAUAUCCGGCCUGUGAAGGACUCGGAAUUGGUCUAUCUCCAGAGUUCGCCUGACUUCUGCAUGAAGAAUGAGAAGGUGGGCUCCCACGGAACACAAGACAGGCAAUGCAACAAGACCUCCAAUGGCAGCGACAGCUGCGACCUCAUGUGCUGUGGCCGCGGCUACAACCCCUACACGGACCGGGUGGUGGAAAGGUGCCACUGCAGGUACCACUGGUGCUGCUACGUCACCUGCCGCAGGUGCGAGCGCACCGUGGAGCGCUACGUGUGCAAGUGAGGCCGCACGCCGGGCCCGAGCGAGGGCGCCUCUCCACCGAGGACCCAUGGCCGGCCGGGGCCUGGAGACCGACCCCCCGGUGGACUGCCUUGCAAACUCCUGAUGCCCGGGAAAUAGGAGGCCACUUGUGCUGUGUCUCGACUUGGAAGCCACCAGGAACAGGAGGUCUGGUCUCCCUGGGAGAGCCGGGGCAUCAAAGGAAACCGAUAGGAUUAAAAAUAACCUGGCAGCCCGCAUGCUGCCUUCCAGGCUGCUCUAAGAAGCCAGGUUGGAUGGGUAAGACUGUGCGCACACUUGACCUUUCAAGGCCAGAAAGACCAACCUUCUGGAAUGUUCUUUGGGGCCCUGGGCCCACCACAUGGAACCACUAGCUUGGGUUGUAAAUUUUUUUUUUCAUUUUUCCCCCCCCUUUGGGAUGUGGGAGCUACAGAAAUAUUUAUAAAAUAUAGCUUUUCCUUUGGGGUGGCUCACUUCAAUUCCUCCUUAUAUAUUAUAUAUAAAUAAAUAAAUAAAUAUAUAUAUAUAUAUA